AAGCUAACAAAUACUCUCCAUACUGAAACUGUAUAUGGAUUCUUACCGUGUACCAGAAAUUGUUCGCCCCCUUGCUGAUUUUCCCCCUGAUAAAUGGGCCCACUAUUUUCUCAAUCACACUCCCCUUGACAAGGUUUCACAAAACCAUAUGGAACAAAAGAUCAAAGUGCUCAAAGAAGAAGUGCAAAAAGAGCUAGUAAUUCCUAUUGUAAAUGAUCCAAAAGAAAGACUUGUUUUGAUUGAUGAAAUUCAAAGACUUGGGGUGGCUUAUCAUUUUGAGGAAGCAAUAGAAGCCAACCUACAAGAAUUUUACAAAAAUGAUAAUGUUGGUUUGUGCUAUAAGGGUGAUCUUCAAUAUGUUUCUCUAAAAUUUCGUCUAUUAAGACAACAUGGCCUUUGCAUAUCAAGUGAAAUCUUUGAUGAGUUUAAGAAGAAGGAUGACAGUUUCAUCGAAAAUAAUGUGGAAGGGAUUUUAAGCUUGUAUGAAGCAUGUCAACUGAGAUUAGAUGGAGAGAAUGUAUUAGAAGAAGCCCUUCUUUUUACUACAACUCAUUUAACCUUUUUAGUUUCAUCAUCAACUUUAAGCUCUUCAAUGGCUGAACAAAUCAGUCGCUCUUUAAAGAGACCUCUUUACAAGCGUACAACACCACUUGAAGCCAAGCAUCAAAUUACCAUUUAUCAGCUUCACCCUUCACAUAAUCAAUCUCUCCUAAGACUUGCCAAACUCAAUUUUAACUUGCUUCAAUCACAACACAAAAUGGAGAUAAAUGAUAUCUACAGGUGGACAAUAAACAUGGAUUAUAGUGGAAAAUUUCCAUAUGCAAGGGAAAGAGUAACGGAGAGCUUCUUUUGGGCAUUAGGAGUGUGCUAUGAACCCAAAUAUGCAUAUGCUCGUAAACUCCUAUGCAAAUUCACGAUAUUAAUAACUGCUGUAGACGACAUAUAUGACUCGUAUGGCACCAUCCACGAGUUGGAGCUUUUCACUGAUGUUGUUCACAGAUGGGACUCCACUCGUUUUAAUCAACUUCCGGACUACUUUAAAUUUUUGUACCAAUUUCAGCUUCAUACAAUCCAAGAGUUUGAACAAGAAUUGACUAAUCAAGGAAAAUCACAUGAUUUAUCUUAUCUCAAAAAGGAAUUCGAAAAUAUAUGCGAAGCCUACCUACAAGAAGCUAGAUGGCUUCAUGAAAAGUUAAUGCCAACUUAUGAAGAGUAUAUAAAGGUUGGGGUUACAACAAGCAUCAUCCCUUGUUUGCUCAUGGCAACUCUUCAAGGCAUGGGCGAUAUUGCAAGAAAAGAAGACCUUGAAUGGAUUUUCCGAAAAUCGAAGUCCAAAAAAGCCACAGGCAUUCUCUGCAGGAUCAUGAAUGACAUCCACGGACACAAGGAGGAGCGAAAGAGAAACCAUAUACCCUCAGCUGUGGAAUGCUAUAUGGCAAACUAUGGCGUAUCAGCAGAAGAUGCUUAUAAGGAGCUGGAGAAGAAAGUGGAGGAAGAAUGGAAGAACGUAAGAGCUGAGAUGAUUCGACCAACUGUUGUUCCGAUGCCAAUUCUAAUGCGAAUUCUCAACGCAUGUAAGACAAUGUACGAUUUGUACAAGGACGGAGAAGAUGGCUUUACUCGUGCUGAAUUUAUGAAAUCUCAAAUCAAAGCACUACUUAUAGAACCUGUUAUAUAACAGUCUCAAGAUUUGUGCUUGGUUUUCUGUUUGGUAGGUUGAGACUUGAGAUGUUAUUUACUUAAAAAACAAAUAAUAAUGCUUGUAACAUUGAUCAAGUUGUUGAACUUCUCUAAGAUGGAUAUGUAUGUCUUGUAUGUGUGUAUUGUCCAUUCUUGAAAUACUAAAAUGAAGAGUUAGUUUCAUUUGCUUAA